CCUCCCACUCGCGCCCGCUCCGCUUUGCCGGGUCACCUCAGCCUCUGCUGCUGAGGUGGGGAGGAAAAAGGGGGUUGUUGAGAGCAGCGCCGGAGGCCGGCCCCUCAUUCAUGCAGCGGCGGGGCCGCGGACCGGCGGCGGCUCGGCUCGCAGGCAGAGAAGGGGAAGGAGGAGAAGGAGGGGCGGAGACGAGAGGGUGAAGAAAGAGCUGCCGCCGCCGCCGAGUCAGUCUCCGCCCCCCUCCCUCCCUGCCUCUCCCCGCUCGCCCGCCCGCGAGUCAGUCAGCCAGCAAGCAGCAGCGCCGCGGCCAACAACCUUCUCCUCAGUUCGGGCGGCGGGCGCGAGCGAGGGAGUGAGGAGGGGCCGUACCAUGCGGUGGCACCGGAGCCCUCGGCGGCCUUGGCGGCUCCCCCGGCGCUCGCUGCUGGCCGCCCUCUUCUUCUUCUCGCUCUCCUCGUCCUUCCUCUACUUCGUGUAUGUGGCGCCCGGCAUUGUGAAUACCUACUUCUUCAUGAUGCAAGCCCAAGGCAUCAUGAUUCGUGAAAACAUGAGAACAAUAGGAGCUCAGGUUUAUGAGCAGGUGGUCCGCAGUGCCUAUGCCAAGAGGAACAGCAGUGGGAAUGACUCAGAUUAUCCUCUUGAUCUGAACCACAAUGAAACAUUUCUACAAACCACAACUUUCCUUCCUGAAGAUUUUACCUACUUUCCAAACCAUACCUGCCCUGAGAGACUCCCUUCUAUGAAGGGUCCUAUUGAUGUAAAUAUGAGUGAAAUCAGUAUGGAUGAGAUCCAUCAGUUCUUCUCCCAAGACCCUACUAUCAAACUAGGAGGCCACUGGAAGCCGAAAGACUGCAUGCCUCGUUGGAAAGUGGCAAUUCUGAUUCCAUUCCGCAAUCGUUAUGAGCAUCUCCCUGUCCUCUUUAGACACCUUAUUCCAAUGCUGCAACGUCAACGUCUACAGUUUGCAUUUUAUGUUAUUGAGCAAGCUGGUAACCAGCCCUUUAACCGUGCCAUGCUCUUCAAUGUUGGCUUUCGGGAAGCAAUGAAAGACUUGAACUGGGAUUGUCUGAUCUUCCAUGAUGUGGACCAUAUACCUGAAAAUGACCGUAACUACUAUGGAUGUGGACAGAUGCCAAGACACUUUGCAGCAAAGCUGGAUAAAUAUAUGUAUCUCCUCCCUUACAAUGAGUUCUUUGGAGGAGUGAGUGGUUUAACAGUGAACCAGUUUCAAAAAAUCAAUGGCUUUCCUAAUGCCUUCUGGGGCUGGGGAGGAGAAGAUGAUGACCUUUGGAACAGGGUACAUUAUGAAGGCUACUUGGUGACUCGGCCGGAAGGGGAGACGGGGAAAUACAAAUCUAUUCCACACCAUCAUAGAGGUGAAGUGCAGUUCUUAGGAAGGUAUGCACUGCUGAGGAAGUCCAAAGAGAGGCAAGUCUUGGAUGGCCUCAAUAACUUGAACUAUUUUCCAAAUGUUACAUACGACUCCUUGUAUAAAAACAUAACUGUCAACCUGACGCCAGAGCUGGCUCUGGUGAAUGAAUACUAAGGUGGUGAAAAGAAAAUAUGAAGAGUGUUUUGUAGGCUUCUCCUGAACAAGAAAAAUCUUGUGUCUAAUGAAGGAUCACAGUAUUUUGAAGAAUAAUACUGAAAGCACGCACACAGAUCAUCUGAGACACUUGGACUGUGCAGUGAGCUCGGACUUCUCUUGCUUUCUAAUUUGUUUUUUUUUUAAAGAACUGUGGUAUGACCUGCUGCUUUUGCCCCAGCAUUCCAUCUCCUCCAACAAUCUCCAACACCAAACUGUGAUUGAAUGUGCUUUUCCGCUCAUAGAGCCAGUUUGGUUGUAAAGGACAUUACUGGCUUCUUGACUCUGGAUGCCGGAAGCAAUCCUGUAGGCAAUGACCCUGAUGGAAGAUGAACUGCUACUUCUAUCAUCAUUCUUCUACGUGUGUGUUGGUUUUCUAAUUGACCUGCUUGAAGAAAAGAAUAUAUAUAAUAUACACACGACAGAAUCGCUUCUUAAAGAAGUGUAGGUGUAAAUAAGCUGUAUAAAUUUGCUCUUUUUUUAAAAAAAAUUCUUUUACAAUUCAAAACUGAAGCUGAAGGUUUACAACAUAAGAUAAUUCAAGUAAGCCCCCACCUGUGCAAGCACUUCAGCACAUCAUGGUGACACUCAUGUGAGAAACUCUCUCUUCACAGCUAGUUACCUGGCCAUUGGUGGGAUUGGGACCUUGUUGGUAGAUUGUGAGGCUUAGCAAAAUAGAAGCCAUAGUAGUGCUUGCUUUGGGGGAGAAAAAAAUUGGAUUUGAGGGUGAUUAAUUCAUAAAAGAACAAAGACUAGUCUUGCACACCAUUCUGUAGUGAUGUAGUGUUUCCCCGCCCCUCUUUUUCCUGAUGGUCCAUCACAUUUUGCCAUAUAUCCUGUAGUGGCAACUAAACAUCAGAGGAAAAUGCCUUCACCUCCACAAGAGAUAGGGUCUCCAGUAAGUUGUCAACAUGUAGACUUGCCCCUUAAACCUUCACAUUUAUCAUUUAGUCUUUACGUUUGGGCAGCCAGCUGCAGAUUGCUUGAUCUGUCUUUGGGAAAUGUCUACAGUGGUUCUUGUAAUAUAACUUUUCAGGGGGACUGUGUUUUUUCUGAAUAGUAUUUUGAUAUAUUUAUUGUGUAAAUGAAACUGAACGCUGAACUAAUAUAGGCUAAAUGGUAGGUUAGGUUAUAACCAGCGAAAGCAUUGCACAAAAUACAAAUACUGGGAUAAAUUUAUCCAGACUUCAAAUCAUAAUUAGCAGAAUGAAGGGCAUUGAAACUAGUUCAGGAAAAAAAUGUGAAAAUUGGGCAGAAGUGUUUGGUCCAUAUCCUACAUCCAUUUUUUGUUUGAAAUGGUCGUCUUAGAUUUGUGCCUUUUUUUUGUUCAGGUUUAAAACCAAUCCAUCUGUUUAUACAGUAUGUACAAACUUUUUUUUACUAGGGCCUAUAACUCUGGUAAAUGUGUCUUCUUGGAUUGCUUUUAUAAUAUAUAUUUAUAGACACGGAUUGUGAGUACUUAACCUCAAAAGUACUUUUAUUUCAAUUUAUUGCAUUGUUGCCUUCAAUUUCCUUAACUUGCAUAAUUUACACUUAGUUUUCUUGGUUCGGUGGGUUUAUGACCCCCAUAAACAUCUGUUGUGGGUGUGACUGACCAGGCCUACUUUUUUGUCAUGAAAAUAUGGAGCGUGUGAGAGAGAAUGAAUGAGUGUGUGAGAGAAUCUUAUCAGCCCAUAUGAAAGGGCAGCAAGUCUGCUCUUGAGAAUGCUGGUAAGUGUGUAAUUUAGGUUAAGUCUUUUGAAAUACAUGUGCUUUAAAAUACAUUCAAGGGAACCCCUCAUGACUGCUGCAGAGGUAAGGAUUUGUGUGUGUGUUGAGGUUUUUUUUAUGGCACAUAUAGCAAUAAAGACCUCUAAAUUUUGGCAUUUUUCAGAUAUGGUUAACACACAUACCCUUUUUCUUUCCCAUUCCAUUUUUAGCCCUGGAAAGCUAGUAGGAACCAACAGUUUUAUUUAAUGGUGCUUCAACCAAGGAAUGUAUUUCAAACACUCUGAAUUCACUAUCCUGUGCACAUAUAUAUCCAAAUAGCAGUUUGACAGUUCAGAUCCUCAGGUCAUAAGACAGACUUGGCCAUUCCUCCACACUUUCUCUUCAUAAACAUGAAAAGGAAUUACCUCUGCUCAGAAAUGCGCUUGUUAAUGGUUGGCAUGAAAGGGUUAGUUUCACUCCUUAAUCAAUGGCACUCUUGGUUUGUUUUGUUUCCAAUCACGUUACUUUCUUUUCCUUUUUAAAAAUGUGGGGUGUUUUUUUAAUGCGCACUGUUACUCUUAUCAGCUAAGUCAAAUACUGUAUAGUAUAUGUAAAUUUUGAAAACAUAAUUGUCAAACGCAUGUGAUAUGGUGUAAAAAUCAUUUUAAACCUUUUUCUUUGGCAGCUGAAAUUUAAUAAUGCCACUGCUCCCCAUGUCCAUCAGCACUGUCUACCAACACUGCUCGGUGGCAGAACAUAAUGAUAAAUGCCUGUGUUUUUGUAUGAGCCAUGUGGGUCUUUAUUUGCUAAUGUUUUUGUUUUAAAAUAACUACUUUUUAAAAUAAAACCUCUUUGAAGAGUUUACCAGCUGAGCAACCGCCAUGCAUUUCCAAACACCUACUGUUAAAAGUAGCAUUAAACCAUACACAAGCUCCUUUCAACUUACCAUUUUGAGUUUGCUCUCAUGUUUUCUAUGAGGUGCCAGGGGUACAUUUUUGCAGUGAAAUCUAAUGUUUUAAAACACACACCUUUCAGCAAAGCAAUCCUUUGUGUCACCUUUAUUUACCCAUGUGUUUGUACAUUUUUGUAUUUGUUAAUUUAUGAAUGAUUUUUUCAGUAAAAAGAAUACAUAUUGAAGAACCAA